AUGUCCCUCAAUGUCAAUCUCGAAGCUCCUAACGGACGCCAGAUCACGUUGCCCACAGGGUUAUUCAUCAAUAACGAGUUUAUUGCUGCCACAAAUGAUCGUAAGAUCACAACUAUCAACCCAGCUGACGAGCAAGAAAUCGCCUCUGUUGAGGCUGCUUCGGCUGCUGAUGUAGACAAGGCUGUUAAGGCGGCUCGAGCUGCGCUUGAGGGCGAAUGGUCCAGCAUCGCUGCCUCGGAUCGCGGAGCCCUCAUGUACAAGUUCGCAGAGCUGAUUGAAGAGCACAAAGAAAUUCUGGCCACUCUAGAGACCUGGGAUAAUGGAAAGCCAUAUCAGGCUGCCCUUACUGAGGAUGUUGCCGAGGUCAUCUUCACUCUAAAGUAUUAUGCUGGCUGGGCAGAUAAAAUCUAUGGGCAGACGAUCCCAUUGACUUCUCAAAAGUUCGCAUAUGCUCUUAAACAGCCUGUCGGGGUUUGCGGCCAAAUUAUCCCUUGGAACUAUCCCCUAGCUAUGGCAGCUUGGAAGUUAGGCCCAGCGCUUGCUUGUGGGAAUACAGUCAUCAUCAAGCCCGCAGAGCAAACCCCCCUCUCUAUUCUGUAUCUCGCAUCUUUGAUUCCACAGGCUGGCUUCCCUCCCGGUGUUAUCAACAUCCUCAAUGGGUACGGUCGGGAGGCUGGAACUGCCCUGGUAGAACAUCCUGGCGUUGAUAAGAUCGCCUUUACAGGCUCCAGCUUGACUGGAAAGGCUGUUAUGAAACUGGCCUCCGCAACGAUGAAAAAUAUCACAUUGGAAACCGGUGGCAAGUCACCUCUCCUGGUCUUCAAAGAUGCCGAUUUGGACCAAGCUGCCAAGUGGGCUCACGGCGGCAUCAUGGGCAACCAAGGACAAAUUUGCACGGCAACUUCUCGACUAUUGGUUCAUGAGGAUGUCCUGGAAGACUUCAUCAGUCGCUUUAUAGACGUGAUAUCCAAGCACAAGAUUGGAGAUCCCUUCUUGGAUGAUACCUUCCAGGGCCCUCAAAUUACCUCGGACCAAUACCAGAAGAUUCUCAACUACGUGGAGACUGGAAAGAAGGAUGGGGCUAUAUUGGUUACAGGCGGGAAGCCUUUUAAGAAUGUGGGAGGCAGCAAAGGCUUUUUUAUUGAACCAACUGUGUUCUCUGAUGUGACGGAGAAUAUGACCAUCUUCCAGGAGGAAGUGUUUGGUCCUUUUGUAUCCAUCACGCCUUUCAAGGAAGAGGCUGAAGCUAUUCGUCUAGCUAACAACAGCUUAUACGGCCUGGGAUCUGCCAUUUUCACAAGAGAUUACGAGCGAGUACAUCGCGUGGCCGCAAGGUUGGAAGCUGGCAUGGUCUGGGUGAAUAGCUCCAAUGACUCUGACCCCAGGGUCCCAUUUGGUGGUGUGAAGCAGAGCGGCAUCGGCAGGGAACUUGGAGAGGCUGGGCUGGCUGCGUAUACGCAGACAAAGUCUGUUCAUGUAAAUAUGGGACAGUUGCUCUAG